UAUGAUUUUUUUUUUUUUUUUUGUUUUAAUUACUUUAUAUAAUCACAAAAAAGCUGUUUCAUUAAAAACUUAUAAAACAUAACUUACUUAGUUUAGAAAAUCUAAAUAAGCACAUACUCUACAGAGAGUAUGUGCAUUACGCGUUUGUAUUGUAUGUGUACAUGUGUGGUUUAACUAGUUUUUCUUACAACCAUAGAAACAAAAAAAAAAAAAAAACAAGCAAAAACCAAGAAAACUAUAUUCGCCUUGGAGGCGAAUUUCGGAUACCCAUCAUCUUAAGAGAAAUUUAAUAACCGAUUCUUAUUGAUCUUGCUGUUCUUGUUAUCGUUGUUGUCAUUAUUGCUGUUGUUGUUGUUGUUGUUGUUAUUGGUAGUGCCUUUGUAUGUUAUUAUCAAUGUAUUAACAGAAAAGAAAUAUUCAAAAAUUGUUAAAAAUGGAUAUUUGGCGUAUCUUUUUAAUUCUAUUAAUCAAAGCCCAUCUAAGUUUAACGAGUAAUGAUGAGGCUCCUUUGUUAACACAAACAAUCUACGGAUUUUUGGAUUUUACUACUACAAUCGGCAAUACCGUUAUGGUAUUCUCUCCACAAAGUGCGCCACCGUUAGUUUUAACGCCCGAGAUUUUUACACCGAAACCUAUUAUAAAAACCAAACCUACGGAUCCAAAUCCUCCAGCUCCUGAAUCGGACAUUAAUCCCACUAAGCUGAAAACAGAAAAGCCUAGCUUACCAGAUAAAGAGAAACCCUCCUCGACAAUUAUAGAUGUAAAAAGCAGUGUCACUGUUUUGGAGUUUUCGAAGCCCCUUGAACAAUCGUCGUCGUCAUCGCCACCAUCAUCAUUACCACAAUCAUCAUCACCACCGUCAUCAUCAUCAUCGUCGCCACCACCGUCAUUGCCAACGUUAUCAUCAUCAUCGCCAUCACCGCCACCAUCGCCAUCACCGCCAUCGCCAUCAUCGUUGUCAUCAUCGUUAUCAUUGCCGUUAUCAUCAUCGCUAUCAUCAUUAUCAUUUUCUUCAUCGUCAACAUCAACAUCAUCAUUGUCAGCAUCAUCUCCCAUUGUAAGCGAAACGAAAAAUUCUAUUGUCACUGCCCAAGUAGUUGAUACUUCACCCAUACCGAUAGAAAAUGAUUUAUAUGAUCCUGAAUACGAUUUGCUUUCACGUCAGCCGCCACAAUUUGUUGAAGAAUCUUUCCGCGUUGUUAACCUACGGUCACCCAACAGUAAGAAUACCAAAUCAGCUGUUGUUGUUACGCCCGAGAAAAAUACCGCUUCGAGCCUUGUCAUUGCAAAAAGCUCUUCUACACGUUCACAUCAUAAGAAUAAAAAGCAUAAAGUAAGAGCUUCGAGCACCUUACAAGUUUUAAAGACUGCUGCACCGGCAAUACAUCAUCCCAAAUCCAGCGGCACGCUUAGUAACAAAAUCAAUCAUCGUACAUCCUCUAGUUCUAUUAGUUCGAGCUCAAGAAAAAGCAAUAAAAAAAAUUCGCAUAGAACAGCCAGUACUCCUGCGACUGCACCAGAAGAAGUAGUAACAGUACGUUCAACAUCGAGUGUUAGGAGCAAACCGAAAAGAAAAAAUAAAAACAAAAGUAGUUCAAGCACAUCCAAGCCAAAAUAUAGCAUUUCUACAGUAUCAGCUACUACAGCAGAACCUGCAGCACGACGUGCAUUUAGGCCAAAAGUGCAAGCUCAAAAUCCGGAGCUGGAGAGCAGUAACAAUUUACAUAUUACAAAAUUAAAUCGUGCUCCGGGCAGGUGGCAAUAUAAGACGAGCCCGAAGCCGCGUGUUACUAUACGUAAACCAUCAAUUGACAUAAACGGUCCAUUGGGUUUGGCCAACGUAACAUCUUCGUCAUUUACAACGGACGCCACAAUAAACGAUAAUAUCAAUAAUAAUUUCAUCAUUAGCAAUCAAACUGAUUUGGAAUCAUCGGGCUCUCAGAAUGGUGCCGUUGUCAACAAUAUCGACCAAGAGGUCGGUAAUGGAGGAAAGCAGAAAUUUUUUACAGAAACCAUUAAUGUCGAGAUUUCAACUCCGGCUGAUUUUAAAGAUACCUACUAUGAAAUAGCGACCAUUAAGAAGCCAUUCAUCUUCCAGGCCGGAAUUUUGAAAAAAACGCGUUACAUAACCGUUACAUCGACUAUAGAGAAAUAUUUAACUCCUGAGCCAACAAUGGAACCACGCAAUGACGAUGAACCUUUAACGGAAAAUAUAUUAAUACUAUCAACAAAACCCGAUAGUUUGUUAAGUGGCAGCAUCACCACUUUGCCCCCACUAUUAAUUGAAAGCGAUUCCGAUACUCCCGCUUUGGAGACGAUCACGGAAUCGUUUAGUAUUGUUAAUAAAAAAUUAAGAACUCAAAUAUUACCUAUUGUUAAGGCGAUCGACAACGAAACUAUUUAUCACACUCUGAUACAAACCAUCGAUAUGACAAGUUUAAUUACCGUGACUAAGACUCUCUCUCCGCAAAUGGAGAGUAAGGCAUUCAAUGGCUUUAAGGACUUUGUCGAUAACUUAGACGAAGCCGGAUCCGAAUUGAACUUAGAUCUGGAAUUUGGGGAUGAGAGUAAUCAUGAAAACUCUAGCGGUGAAUCGAAUCCUAAAGAUUUAGAUCAACUCAUGAUCGUAAAACCUAAUAAAACCAAUGUUGUAAUUACUACAACAUCAAUAGAAAAAUUUCCAAGUAUUUUAAAUCCUACUUUACCCUUACCUACGGUUAUUACUAAUUCCAGGCCGGUAGUAAAAUUAGAGACGUUAUGGGAAUCUUACGUAAUACCAGUGACGAAUGGACAGACAACUUCGUUUAGAACUCUUUCGAAAGCAAAAGGCGUGGUAGAAAAAACCGACUUUAUAUUGGAUACUACAACCCUGUCAGCGCCGGCUAUUUUGCCUCCUAGCACGAUAAAUCCAUUCUUAUUGCCUCUGCAACAACAACAAUUUCAGACAAUAACUUCACCAAUAGUACAACAGACGAUUGUGACACAAACGGAAAGUAAAAUAUUGAAAUUGACUUUCGGUGCGAAAACUGCUUACACAACCUUAUAUUCGACACAAGUGGUGCCCACUUUGCAAACUAUGUAUGUAACUACAUCAAUACCAGUACAAGCAUCGGCCAAUCCAUUCCCGGGCUUUUUUCCCCAACCCUACAAUCCAUUCGCCUAUUUGGGUUAAUCUACUAACAUUUCUGUCAUUGCCUACACUUUCAUUUCCAUCCUCGUUUAAGGUUCUUGCACUUUACAAUUCUUCCGUCCGACAACUCUAUUACGGUUGUAAAAACCCUUGUAAAUUAUAUUGUACAUUAAAACUAUUGUUUUCUAUGGUAAACUGUGCUAA